GCUCACUGGGCCAUAUUUAGCCUGUUUUUAUGAAUACCACAUCCGUGACAACGGUCGUGGCCUAGAAAAUGGACUCUCUUACUUUUAGUUACUAAACUCUGCUGAAGUCAUAGCUUUUGGCCAGGGUCUCAUUGCAGAAUACGAUUUAUGAGGGUGCCACGCCCCCUCGCCUUAAUCCCGAAUACCAUCUAGAGCGGGUGGGGCAGUAUUCGGACACUUAACGUUCCUAAUGGCAUGCAAGUUGAACCAAAGUACCUAUUGACUUUGUUUCAUCGUAUAUGUGAAGGGAGGUAACUGCUGUGGUGAUUAUACUCGGUAGUGGUCGUGUUCGUGCGCUUGUGCUCGUGCAAAUUCUUAGGAUAUUUACUCGACGACUACUUCGAAAGUAUGCUGCUAUCCACUGGGAACAGUGUGCAACAUGGUGCUGGCAAACGUGACGGUGACGAGGACCAGAGCCAGGUCACAGUGACAUCCUUUACAAUGCAGGUUGCUGGACAUGUCUAUGGCAAGAAGGACAAAAAACAAGGUAGACUUGGAAUGCUGCACCUCGGGGCGGGACUGAUUCUGAAGGCACUGCAGGAUCCACCCCGGGGAACAAGAGAGCUACAGUUCUACCAACGAGUCUUCUCCCCCACCAAUACUGAUGAGGUCACCAUGGCUCUCCGGAGGUUCAUGCCAGCCUACCAUGGCACGAUGGAGUUUGAUGGAGUAGGGUUUCUGAAGCUUGAGAAUAUUGUGGAGCACUACACACAGCCCUGUAUAGCUGAUGUGAAGAUGGGGAAGGUGACGUCCGACCCUCAUGCCACGCCAGAGAAGGCAGCGUACGAGAAGUCCAAGUGUCCUAGUGCCGCUAUACUGGGCUUCCAGAUCUCAGGAAUGAUGAUAUAUCAGCCUGACACUGGUCAGUAUGAGAGAGUGGACAAGAUAGCCGGACACAAACUGACCACAGAUAACAUGAUAAGUGAAGGUAUAGGAAAAUUCUUUGGCUAUCCCAAGGCCAUUCGAAAGGAUGUGAUAGAGAUAUUAUUAUCCAAGCUCCUUGACUUGCAAUAUUGGUUUUCCUCACAAAGACAAUACUCAUUCUAUGGAAGCUCUUUGUUAAUAGUGUACGAAGCAUUUAUCUGUGACAAAGACACUUCAUCUGGUCAAUCCAGUUCAUCCUCACAGUCAAAAACCUGUAAUACCACCGUGUCACCGACAUCCAAAAACCAGGGUUCUUCUGAAUCAAACUGUCAGUCAGCUACUUGUUCUGAAACGUUGCCAAAGAUUGAUGUGAGAAUGAUUGAUUUUGCCCAUGUGUUUCCCACUCCAGUGGAGGACAGCAACUACCUCGAUGGCCUGACCAAUCUGAUACAGCAUUUACGUCUUUUGUUGGAGUUUGAAAGUUGAUAUAUGUGUUAUUUGUGAGAUAUAAUUUCAUGAAGCAGUUAUUUUAAGAUUGACCAAUUGUUAUGAUAUUAUUUACACUGAGAUUAACACAAUUUUGAAGUGUGAAGAGUGGCAUAUGCAAGCUGAAGUCAAGAAGUUCAAGAGUAUGUUAAUGUUUUCCCACGUAGCAUUGUCAUGUGGUGUUAUCAUGGCUAUAUAGUUGGAGAUGAAUGCAGUAUAAUCUGAA